AUGGCAUCCAAUGCUCCUCCAGGUGGAAAAAGUGACACGUCACGGAAACCACCUGUGAUAAAGAAUCCAUUGCUGAGCUCCCAGGUUACCGGACUGACGCUGGACGAUUUUGCGCCGGUUGCGGUGUUGUUGCCAGCUGCGCCGCUACCACCCGUCGUAAGGGAACCAUCGGAAUCAACAGCUCCAACGAAACCGGCCAUCUUUAGCUCGCAACAAACCGUGUCGGGCACUAUUCCGGAGCUACCACAGGAUACCGAUAGUUUCAGCGAAAUCGAUCUCACCGUAACAAACGAACCGCAAUCCUUCCCCCAGCCGCCCACGAUCGACUACAAUCCGUUGCAGGACCUGGAAGACACGGACGUAAGGGCAGGCGCCGGGCAGUUUGGAGACAACGGUGAGUCGUCGGCAGCAUCGUAUUUGCAGCAGACAUCGGCACUGACCGCCCAGUUUGCCGCACAAUUACCGAACGUCGCAUCAACGGUAUUCUCGACCUUCAGUCGUGUCAUCAAGGGCAACUCACCGGCCCCACCGUCAUCGUUAUCUGCGUCGUCGUACGCUAACGACCCAUCGGCGUACGGUUUGCAGGCGGAAUAUCAAAGUACGCAUAAUCCAUAUGAGCUACCAGCGGCGGGUACGUCGUUAGUGCCAUUAAUAAAUUCAUCCGCGUGCGACCCGCCAUCCUAUCCCCCAUCCGUGGUAGCACCGCACGAUUAUCAACUUUCGGGGCAGCAAUCAUCUGCAGAACUGCCACCUCCACCACCAACAUUCUACAAUCCGGAACAGGUGCCAUCGGCUACUACUGCGCUACCGCCUCCGACCGCACCCGGAUUAUCAAACACGUACCGUUUAGGUGGAAGCAAGAAGAAAACGUACGCUCACAUCCCCGGUCUAAGUUCCACCACCCAUACGGCUGGUUUAUCUGUACCAACGUCAUUACAAACUCCAACGGUACCACCUGUGACACUUCCGCCAGCGCAGUCACCGUCGCUAGCACCAACUGAUGUCGGGGGUUCUUUGUAUACUGAAUCUACCAAACUAACGGAAGCUAAUCACUCUGCGGAAGAACCUCCGAAAGGCAAACCUUCUCUUUUUAGCUACCUUCCUAGCAGCAUCCUUGAAAAACUUCCCAAACCUGGUUUCGGAAGUGAAAAAAAGGAGGAACCAUCGACGUUUACUGGUGGAAUAUCAAGUGGAUCAAUCGUUGAUCAAUUCGUCGAUGUGAGUGCUGCUCCGGUUAGAAUACCGGCAGAAGUGACACCGACAACAUUAGUAGCUCCACCAUCGUUGAAUAGUACAGUACAAGGAACAGCAUCGUCGUUCUUUACUCCACCACCGGUGGUCGAAUUUGUACCAAAUCCAGUUAUUUCACAGACUCAAGCUAGUUCCUUCUUUACAACACCCUCUUCGGAAGCAGGUAUUGACGCAUCGUCCUUUUCCACCGUAUCGCAACCAGCGGCAUUAACGCAGACAACACCACCACCACCAGUGUUUUUUUCACCAGCUCAAAUUCCAACGGUUCGCACAGCAUCGGGUCCAUCUUCUUCGAAAAACAAUCCAUACAGCUCAACGCGUCUCGCAGGGGGCGUUGGGCGUUACAAGAACCCACUCGCGCCGAUUGUGCCCUCCGUUGCUAGCUCGGUUUUUUUACCGAAUCAACCACCACCAUUAGCUGCUGGACAAUCGGGAGCACCCGGACAUUCGGACGAACCAGUCCGGUCACCGAUUGUGCCAUCAUCGGUUGCUCCUCCGAACAUUUUUACCCCACAAGCUGUUGCUUCGGCAGAGUUACCGAUAGCUCCGGUGUCUAUUUUUAAUCCCACUACACCUGUUCCAGUAGCAUCCGAUAAAUUGGAAGAACUUCAAAAACCCACUUUUGGUUGGGAAUCGAAAUUUCCAGAAAACAGCGUACAGCCCGUGCCGAUUCCAGUUUCUACGUACCAAGGAAUCGGAGAACAUCAGCAACCACAACAACAGUCACGUCCAGCUUACCAAGAAAUUGUUCCAAAUCAACAAUCGGAAAACUGUGGUUCAACGGUAAACAUCGAAGUUAAACCGGCCUCCCAGGUAUCGAUAUUUAAUCCGUCUGCUGCCCACCACGAACGCCAGGUAGAGCACAUUGACGGUACUUUAUUCGUUCAACAGUCUCUCACUGCAGCAGAGCCAUCCUGUAAUUUACCAGAAAGUACUCCUCUCGCGGCAACAACUGCAACCUUUUCAAGUUUCCCGCCAAUUUCUGCUUCAUUAGCUGUUGAAUCAGUGCAAAAACAAUUCGAUACUUUGGACAUUGGAACCUCGGCAAUUGAAGCGGUUUCCUCCAUAACAUCCACAUUAGGAAAUACUACAAUCUUCCCAAAGCCGCUCUUAGGAACAGACCCAUCUCAGUCGAUCGCUAGCUCCAUCUGCAAACCUAUCGUCGAUAGUCGUUCUAAAUCGAGCGAAAACGUUCUCUCGCCUCCACCAAGACCGAACUCCAAUUUGAGCGAACCGUCGACAAUCUUUCCCGGUUCCGUGCCACCUGCAGACAUUUUCUUGCCGGAACUCUCCGGAUCCGGUGCAAGCUUGGUGCAGAAACGCACCCCGGAAGAAGAAAAAUUUGUUGCAGUAUCCCCACAAGACACUAACGGCAAUAAUUUGUCCAAUUUCUUUGCUAAUAGCACUAUACAAACACGUGUUACCGCCGAAAAUCUGUUUGAAGAAACGCAAACGAACGCUAAUUCGAUAUUUCCCGCGCAAGCACAGUAUCAGCAGACAAAAAAGACGGUAUUUUCAACACCUGAGCCAACACCUGCUAUAAACCCGGUUGAUUUUUUCAACAGUAAUACUAUUGUAUCGGAAGAAGCCGUCGUUGAAGAGAAUUCUGUCAAAACGGGUCAGACGAUUUCAUCUGUACCGCUUUUUAACUUUUUUGGUCGUGCCGCAGAUCCUCCAGUUGUUGUGGCACCGAUUGCCGUGCUAGCACCGGUAGAAAAGACGACAAUUCCACAAGUUUUGUUAGCGCCAACGGAAGGUAAUCCACAGGAUACAAUAAAGCAGGCUACUGCUGCAUCACCAUCUUCCGUAUCGAACGUUAGCAGUUUUAGCAACUUGAACGAUCGUUACGAAGAGGAAGGUGAACAGGAAGCGGCACGUAUUGAAAACGCUUCCAACGAACCGAUAUUCAGCAGCGAUAAUUUGUUCGAUUUCAAAUCGUCCGCAUAUCAGGACGGGGGACUAUACUCGCGAGACACCGGGCGCACUUACGACACGUACGACGGAAACAGUAGCAUGGCAGCGAUGGCCACAACGAGCGUCGGUGCACAGGAUGCCACGACCACCAACACGGGCACAUCGAUUGCCGAAUCGAGCACCACCAAUAUCGCGUACCGUCCGACAUAUAACCACUGGUUCUACCGGCGUGAAGUGGAAGGCAAGAGUGUGUGGUCUCCAUUCACUAUGGCUGAUUCAAUGGCGCUCGAAGAUGGGUUGACGAUCCUGCAGGCAAGAGGAGAAACCGAAGUGGAAAACGACAGCAAUCCGCCGGUGAUUGUACAUACCGAUGGUGGACGGUACGAUGUAUCGAUCAAAGAUCGUACUCGUACACCUGUAUAUUGGAAAGGGCCAGCGAACGAGGUACGGCGAUGUUCCUGGUUCUACAAAACCGUCGAUUCGCGGUUUGUACCGUACGAGGAGGAGGUCGCCGAUCUGCUCGAACGGGAGUACAAGGAAGCGGCCACUUCGGGCGAAUGGCAUCGGCGGGUUACGAUCCCCAAUGGUGAAACGGUCGUGUUUCACGGGCCGUCCGUCAUCGUGCACUUCCUGCAAACACAAAACCCCGAUACAUGGGGCGGUGGCAGCUCACCGGUACCCUCUACCACGAAUCGACCCCGGGUGGUGAAGCGUGGCAUCGACGAGUUUAACAUUGACGACGAUGAACCAGAAAAGAUCGAUCAUUUGCUGUUCAUGGUGCACGGUAUCGGUGAGGCAUGUGAUUUACGGUUCCGGCGCGUUGAGGAAGUAGUUGACGAGUUCCGAAGCAUUUCGGCCCAACUUGUCCAAAGUCACUAUCGUUCGUCGUUUGAUCGGGGCGAUGUUGGCCGUGUCGAGAUCCUACCCAUCUCCUGGCACGAUGAUUUACAUUCGGAGGAGUCUGGUGUCGAUGAAAAGUUAAAGUCGAUAACUCUCCCCUCGAUUCCGAAGCUGCGUCACUUUACCAACGAUACGCUGCUGGAUGUUCUGUUUUACACCAGCCCAAUGUUUUGCCAAAGCAUUAUAGACGCGGUGGGAAAAUCAUUGAACCGAUUGUAUGCACUUUUCUGCCAGCGUAAUCCCUCGUUCAACGGACGCGUUUCGUUGGCAGGCCAUUCUCUUGGGUCGUUGAUUCUUUUCGAUCUGCUGUGCCACCAAAAGAGAGCCGAACAGAAACAACCGAGCGAGCCGGAAAAUUCGGAGAAUCCUGAUGAUGAUGCAGUGUCACCGUUAACACCACACCAUGCCGUGGCCAAACAUCGACCACUGGUGCGCAAGUGCUCUCAGCAAAUCAACUAUGAAGUUGGCCCUGCCGGUACAGGUCAGCCGUACAUAACAUAUCCGCAGUUAAUGUUCCAACCAAAAAUGUUCUUUGCCCUCGGGUCACCGAUCGGCAUGUUUGUGACGAUACGCGGUAUAGAUGCAUUGGGGCUAGACUUUAAGCUACCGACGUGCGACGGGUUCUUCAACAUCUUCCAUCCGUACGAUCCAGUGGCAUAUCGCAUCGAAGCACUUGUCAAUCCCGAACUGAGCACCUUGGCUCCCGUCCUUAUACCACACCACAAGGGCCGCAAACGGAUGCACUUGGAGCUCAAGGAAACCGUACUCCGAGUGGGCAAUGAUUUACGGCAGCGCGUUACGGACGUGUUCCGCAAUACGUUGGACACGGUAUAUGCGCUCACAGCGAUGGGUUCAAAGCCCGAUUCAAAAGCGAUAGAGAAAGAAGUAGAUAAGGUGCUACAGGAUCAGCUGAAAUUUGAAACGACGGGAUCGACGUCCAACCUGUCCGGAACGAGCGAUAUCGAUAGUGGAGAAACGACCCUACCACUCGGAAAGCUAAACCAAACCCGGCGUGUCGAUUAUGUUCUGCAGGAGGCACCGUUUGAAUUUAUCAACGAGUACCUGUUUGCGUUGACUAGUCACGUGUGCUACUGGGACUCUGAGGAUACAAUGCUGUUUCUGAUGAAGGAAAUCUACAGUAGUCUUGGCGUGCAGACGGAUCAUCAAGUGCCACAGCAGACAAUGACUAUCGAGCGUCCUCUCGCAGCCACCAGUCCUGUCGCACCCGUUUCGAAUUGUACUUUAAGUAGCAAUUACAAUCUUUUCCCACAGGAGGGUUCCGAAAAUCGGCUAUAG